AUGACGUUACAAUAAGGGUUGGAAUACCGACGUCACAAUAGUUGUCCGUCGGUGUAAAACUUUGCAAAUGGAGGCAGGAUGACAAUGACAACUUACCAGCAAUGUUAUGCCCCCUCCCCCUUCCGUAGCCCCGUCCGUUUUCUCCAGCUACCCUCCAUUGUUAGUAAGGGGACCCUACAACAGCCCCCAAGACAGUUCCCAAUAGAACCUGUGGGCCCCAAAAGACAACAGGAGCGUGAUCCGGAGGAGGGACCUGUGCUAGGACUGGGUACAAAAUGCAUCAACACUGGUCGGUUUUUGGAACCUAAAGAAAUUACUGGGAGUCCCUCUCCGAGUAAAAUAGCAUGUACUCUACCAAAACCGGCAGUGGACCGAAAGUGUGUCCGAAGGGUUCGCUCAGAGGUGAUGGGGAGACCAGAGAGUGUGCAUGUCCUGCGUACAAAGUUUGGCCUGAUGGAUUCAAACUUGAUAAAUAGGCUAGCUCAGCGGGUACGAUGGACGUCAACAUCCACAGCCGCCGCAGAGGAGGCUUGUCUUAAAUUCCCACAGAUCGAUCCUCCUUCCACAACUUUGGAGAAGCGGGCCAAUAUGGUGCGGUCCGCGGGGCAGCGCUAUGACCCUGAACCUAUGGAGUGGCAGAGAGCGGUAUUCUGGGAUUUCGUACAGAGUCGGGGGGUCGUGCAUCAUGAUGAUCUGAGUGAACGAACGUACAGCCAGCCGGAAAAACUCCUGCUGAAAAGGCUAUCCAAAGGAAUGGGAGAAAAACCCCGAAGCAAUACACCAUUAAUACGAAGGCUGGUGAAAGAAGAUCAACUUUCCAGUAUAUUUGUCCGACAGUGCCCGGGCUACUCUGGUUUUGUACCCAGGACCCCAACAGAGAGCAAACUGACCAGGCGCCCCGAACCCACGUAUAUGGUCAGCACCAUGAAAGCUAACUACAGGGAACUUCCUCUUGAAGAAUACAGGAAGCAAUCAUUUGCCAGGAAAGGCCCCCUGUCUAAAACUGUAACAUUAACGUACCCAUUUAACCCCUAUAACAAAGUGUGAACAUUGUCUGUUACAUACUGUUUAAUAAGGUGUAUAUUACCGAUUCUGAAUGCCAGUCUCUUUCUUCU